AUGUUCUCACGAGGACUCAGAGUCGCCUCCCGGCGAGCACUCGCCACACCUAUCCGACCAGCCAUCGCCAGCGCCCCCAGGCAACUCGCUCCAGCAGUGUCUAUCGGUGCGAUACGCUCUUACCACGAGAAGGUCAUUGACCACUACUCACGGCCGCGGAAUGUCGGUUCGUUGAGCAAGAACGAUGUCGACGUUGGCACCGGCCUUGUCGGAGCACCUGCAUGCGGCGACGUCAUGAAGAUUCAGAUCCGUGUCGACCCUAACUCAAACACCAUCUCCGACGUCAAGUUUAAGACCUUCGGCUGCGGCAGCGCCAUUGCUUCAUCAUCCUACCUGACCGAGCUCGUCCGUGGCAUGUCGCUCGACAAGGCCUCGCAGAUCAAGAACACAGACAUUGCUAAGGAACUUUGCCUGCCACCUGUCAAGCUGCACUGCAGUAUGCUUGCCGAGGACGGCAUCAAGGCUGCCAUCUCUGACUACUACACAAAGAACCCCAACGUCAAGCAGACAAACCUGGGUGGCACCGGCCUCAAGAUCCCUGAAACGGACGGUGCAUCUGCUCCGGCCGCGGCCGCUGCUUAA